UUUAUAAAAAUCGUUAGAAUAACCAGUCGCUCUAGAUAAUUCCACAACAAAAAAUACACCCACACAUACAAAAUUCCAAUCUUUUCCUAACAGGCAGAAAUUUUUAAAAAUAUCACUGACGAAAAUAAAACUAAAUUGCAAAAGUAAUGGCAUCUAGCGUUCUUACACUGAACAUCAAUGAUCUGAGGAAAAUAGUUCCUCCUGCCGAAAUCGAGGUGUUGGAGCAGAAGAAAAGCUACGAGGAUCAGUUGAAAGUCGAACGUGAAUGCAUCCAGUUGAAAUUGAACAAAACGCUGCAUCGUCUCAUCCAACUGGACGACGAGAUGAAUGAGGAACGAAUUAGCGACCAGGACUACCGAUUCCUGGAUACCCUAAGGAGAAGGCUGAACCUGCGGCAUCAAUUGCUGGCCGAGAGACUGGUCCGCGUCGGAACUCAACUGUCCAGGGCCAAGAAUGAACUUAGAAGGCUUGAAAGCGACCUUUACGAGGAUCUAACCCGCAGGGGAUUGAUAUGAAGAGGGUGCCAACAUACAAAUGAAAAUAUAUUUGUCAAAAUUUCAAGUAAAAGUGAGGAUCUUAGUCGGGCGAGCUAUUCAAAAUGGAUGCAUACUCUUCCGAAACAUUUUAUAUAGUUUCAGUGAAUACCCUAUAUAAUAUCUAUGAAGUUCUGAGCCCAUUUGGUUAACCCUCACAAUUGAAUCGACUAAUGUUUUAGAAACUUUGUAAUACAAUUUUGGAAAAUUA